CCAAAGCUAGAGAAGAUAAGUAUGAAUGGAGAUGCUUAGAGAUGAAGACGAAGGCAAAGAAGCAUAACGGCUCACGCUCGAAGCAGUGUAGUUACCAUAUUUUCUAGAGAGAGAAAGUAGAGAGUCAGUGUGAGAGAGAUGCCACGAGUAGGCUCUCACUGCGGUCCUCUCUGCCUCACCAUACAUCUGGUGUUCAUCUAAGACGACAGUUCAACUUUAAUUGUCUGUUUUCGGAAGUGUAAUUAUGAUUCCAAUCCUCCUUUUGAAAGCUCACAUUUUCCAGAUUACACAAACCUGUAUAAAUCCCCCCAUCUCGCCCUCAUUUUCACUUCACAAACCAAUCUCUUCUUUGCUUUGUUGGUUCAAGCAAGAGAGGGCUAGAGAGAGAAAUAGGAGGAGAUUUAGAGAGAGAUAGAGAGAGAAGAGGUGAAUAGUGUAAGUUAUUGGGUGUGUGAUUUAGUCGGUCUCUACCCAUUCUCGCUUCUGCUAGGUCUAAUCUCUGUUACCAUUUUGAUUAUUUUGAUUACUUUGCGAUACAGUGGGUGAUAAGCAUAUUUUUGCAGUGAUCCUUUGUGUUUUGGACUUGACCCUGCCAUUCAAUCGGUCUCUACCAAUUCUCGCUUACUUUUGUGUGAUUUUGGGGCUGUGGAGAAACAUUGUAUGCAAAACCUUAGUUGCCAGAACUUCAAAUGGGGGAUGUUUGGGCACUGUUACAAGGACGAAGCGGCAGAUCCAAUUUGUCAACCCAAACACGUCACUUUCACCACAGUUCCAAUGCCAAUGAUUUUUGGGUGGUUCCAGAUAAUGUACUUCCAGGCAAUGCUUUAGAGCAUGGUGGUCAUGUGGGCUGGAUAGGUCAAUCAAAUUAUGGUGGGAACUUCUGGUACCAAAUCGGUCCGGAGGAAUUACGAGAAAGAAAUUACGAGCCAAACAGUGUCCCUAUUUUGGGAAAUGUUAAUGGAAGCCUCAAUGACUGUCUGGUUGUGCACGGGGCUUCAACUUUACAAGGUGCCAGUUCAGAUGCUAUUCGUCAUAAUUUAGAUUUAAAUGUAGUAGAGACGGUUGAAGAAAUGGGUGAUAGGUCAGUUCCUUCAUCAGAUGGUCAUUGCUUAUCCUGCAAAAGAAAAGCCCCCGAAGAAGAUACUGGAGAAAUGCAUCUUGGGGAAUAUUCAAGCUCCACUCAGCAGGCUGAUUACCCUGGAGGGCAAGCUAUUCCUACACCAGGCAAUGCUUCAAUGAACUUGAAUACAUACACUCCCUUUAAUAACCUCUCAAAUGCUACGCAGCCAGCGCAAGUGAACCCUAUGCUUGGGUUUGGAAUGGUGGGACUCCAUUCUAAUGUGCAUCAAACUUCUAGUUUUGCAGGAAAUGGAGAAAGCCUCCGCAGAAAUAUCCGUCUUAGAAGAGCUCCUGUAAAUCAACAAGAUUCCCAAACAGCGAGCAUAGCUUUGUUUGGGACUAUCGUAUAUCAAUCUUCCGAGUUGAUGCCUGUGGCAUCAAUGGCAAAUUCAGUUUCUGUAGUAUCGCCUCUUAUGCAUGGUCCUAGUAACUCUAACUCUCGGAUCAUGCAGCAUUGCCAAGGGCAUCAGAUUACUAGCUCAAAUUCUGUUAAUGUGUCAUCUAUUGCAAAUGGAAGUGAUGCCCUGCUAGCGGGAGUGAGUUUGCAACAUGUCCCGGGAUACACCUCUCAACAGCCUAUUAUCAUCUCUGAAAGUGCGAGGGUCAACUUGGAACCCAAUCUAACAAAUUUAAGAAAUUCCCGAAGUAUUUUUGAUUCUAACUCCGGAAUUGGCUCUAGGGCAGAUGUCCAGCUAUCUGAUCCUGCCUGGCUUCCUCAGCAAAAUAUUGCUGAAGGAGCUCAAAAUGGAUCGAUUGCUGGCAGGCGUCCAUCUUCUGCUCUUCCUGGGUUUCCUUCACAUAAUAUUACUGAAGGAUAUGCACAUGGAUCAUCAGGAUUUCUCAGGCAACCACCUGCUAGAAGAAUCACCUGGAGAGAUGUUCGUGCAGCCCAACGUGGUGAUCCCCGGGCUAUGGUGACAGUUCUCGCACCUAGCCUCCAGAGGACCCGAGAGAGAUGCGGUGCUAUGGCUAAUGGAACUUUCCAUCCAUUGCAGGCUAGUGAUGCUUAUAGUAGGGCAGUAAUGCGAUACGAGCUUUAUCGUCUUGUGGAGCUCUUGCACUUAUCUGACAACUUGGAUAAUGAGGAUAAUAUGGUUGUUGAUGAGUCGAUGAUAGAUAUUCCACCUUUUGGAGCGUUCUAUGAUAUGUAUGAAGAUAUGCGUCUUGAAAUAGAUGAUAUGUCUUAUGAGGAUUUGUUGGAGCUGGAAGAGCAAAUUGGAGAUGUGGACACCGGAGUGAGUGAAGAAGCUAUUUUGGCGGCUAUGCAGCGCCAUAAAUAUCAGCUCAUCACAUUCGGAGAGAGAGAAUUAUGCUGUAUUUGUCAGGAUGAAUUUGUGAAAGAGCAGGAACUCGGGAAGCUGGAGUGUGGCCAUCAAUUCCAUUUCGACUGCAUCAAAGAGUGGCUCUUCGAGAAAAAUUGUUGCCCCAUCUGUAAACAAACUGCAUUGGGCGUUGGCGAGGAAGAAUAAUGAAUCUCGGAGCUCUCUGCCCCAAAACUUGCUAGACUUCUAUCUAAAGUAUUUUCCUUUUAUCCCGUGAGACAAUUUCCGUUACAAAAAAAACAUGUGAUAGUCCAAGAGAACCUAUGAGUUUCAGGCAAUCUAGAAGCUUGGAUUUCACUUGUUUUAGAUAAAGACUUAAUUGUUGUAGUACUCUGUGUGUUUGCUAUGUUGCAUCUUUUGAUGGGCAUUUAAAAUCUGGUCUUUUAAUAGUUAU